AGCCUACAUAAAGAGUUUUUAUCAAAAUGUCUUAGCAAAUGUCUCCCGAAAUAAGAGCAAUAAAAUAAGUAAAGAACCUGUUUAGUGUGUUGAAAAAAAAAAAAAAAAGAUAGCUUACUUAGUUAAAAAUGCCUUCCAUUCGUCCAAAGGAUUUGGAAAAUUUGUCCGGCGAUCAAAUUUGUUAUUUGUUCUGUUUUGUUGUUGAGUAUACAAACAUUGGGUUUGCAAUCCUCUUUGGAGCCAUGCUACUUACCAAACUGAGCGCUGGUUGCUUCGGCUUUCGGUUCCUAGGGAUGAGUCUCAUCCUCAUGGGAGUGGCACUCCUCAUUCUCUGCUACAUCAGCUGCUCAUUGACUCGCCAUGUUGAACUUGGCUUAGCGAAGAUGGCAUGUUGUACAUUUCCUUUGCUCGUUGCGAUGGCCGCUCUCGGAAUAUUUGCGUUGGCAGUGAGCACAAAAGGAGGAGGAAAAUCUAUACCUGGGAGAUCUUACAAGGAGUAUCAUGUGGAAUCAUAUUCCCACUGGAUGGUGAAGAAGGUCAAUGAUACUAAUAAUUGGGAAAACUACUACAAGAAGGCUGUUAUAAAAGGGCGUGUCUGCAACGCAUUCUUUAAUCAAUAUCAACUGGAUAAACUUGAUGAGUUCUACCAAAGACCUCUGGAUGCUUUUGAAUGGGGUUGCUGCAAGCCCCCAGAAGAGUGUAAUUUCAAUUACACCAGUCCGGCAAAAUGGAUAAAGCCAGAAAUUGGAAACUACUCCAACAAUGACUGCAAUAGAUGGGAUAAUGAUCCAAAUAUCUUAUGUUUUAAUUGUCAAUCAUGCAAGGCUGCUUUUCUACAAGAUUUAAAACAUCAUUGGUUUACGACGGGUAUUGUUUUUGUCUUCCUUGGUGCCAAAACUUUAAUUUUGAGUAUAUGUAUGAUUUGUGCUCUUACUAGCCAGCAAUUUAUAGGAUAAUCUGAACUUGGUCAGUCGGAGUUGUUAUGACAACUUAUAACGGUGAUGAAAUGAUACUGGAGUAGUUGAUGCAAGUUUACUAGCUCUUGUACACAAGAAUGUUUCAGUAGACCUUGGCUCAAUUGAUGUACAUGGAGGAUUCUUCAUGGGGAUGACUACUAAGGUGGUAGCAUGAUUGCUAACCAACUUAGGUAGUAUAGAGUAGGCGUGUGAUGUGAGCAUGCCUAUGAGAGUUCUAGUUCUGUUAGGACUCAUAUCUUUAUUGCAUUCCUAGUUUUGCUUGUAUUAGGAAUCAUGGUUUUGCCUACGUUCUUAAAACGAUGGAUUUUACAUGAUUCAAGAAGUCUAGAGAAUCUAGGACUUAGGGAUUUGUCCUAAGCCUAUUAGGAUUACUAUAUUUGUUUCCUACUAGGAUUAGUAUGUUUAAACUAGCAUAUAUAGAGUUUAUGUAGUUCGAAUUUUAACAUAGUGAAUUAAUAAGAUUUUCGAGAGUUUUCUAAA